AGAAGAAACUUUAUUGGAACCAUCGUUCAAACAUUGCAUCUCGUGCCAGCGGAAAUAACAUCAUAUUGCUCAUCUCAUUGCCUGUUAUAUUUUAAUUAUUAGUUUUGCAGCCAGAUGUUCAUAUGCUCCAUAUACCUCGCCACCUUCUCUUGAUCACGUGACUAUGUGAACAAGGAAGUGUUCCGUGUCUUUGAAUACAAGGCGCCAGUGGCUCCUCUAAAUACACGAGUUAAAGAUCACAUCCUGAAUUAUGUCAACUUCGGAGCCGGUUCUUUUGGGUCGGAAACGUGCCCUGCCGUCCUGCCCGAACCCGCUGUUCUUAAAGUGGCUCACCGAGCUCCGUGACGAGGCGAAAGAGAAGAGACAAAAGACCCAGUACACCUAUCAGAAGGCCAUCAGCUCUUUGAAUAAAUAUCCAUUACCACUACAAAACGCCAAAGAAGCAAAGAUCCUCCAGAACUUUGGAGACGGCAUCUGUAAAAUACUGGAUGAAAAACUUCAACAAUACUAUAGAGAGAAUGAUCCAGGAUCAGAAGCUCCUAUUCACAAUCUCCCUAAAGGAGCGCCCCCUCCUGGCAGACCAGACAACAGCGUGGCUCCUUCCAGAAAGAAGAAUGCUGCAGGGGAUCAAGGGAAGGACAGAGGAGGAGGAGGACGAGGAGGGAGGAAGAAGAGGGAGUACAUGCCUCAGAGGAGAUCUGGGGGUUAUGCUGUCCUGCUCACCCUUUACAGACAGUCACAGAUCCCGGGUAGUAAAGGUUAUAUGUUUAAACUAGAGCUACAAGCUGAAGCCCAGCUCCUCUGUGAUAAAUCUUUCACCGUGCCAGAUCUGGGCAGUAAAUACACCGCCUGGUCUUCCGUCAGUACUCUGGUUCAGAAGAGCCUGGUGAUGAAGACCCACAACCCUGCAAGGUAUUCUCUGACAGAAGAAGGUCUGGCUUUGGCAGAGCGACUGGAGUCAGUAGAACGAGAGAGAAAAGAUGGCCCUGAGCAGGGCCGAGAGAGGCUUAGGGGUGAAGGAGAGGAGGGAAGUGGCCCUGAAGUUGUGGACCUCACUGGUAGUGAUGAAGAAGAGAAGGAAAAGGUCAAUGAACACCCUACAGAGAUGCUGGCCUCUGUUGCCCAGCCAGCGAGCAAAGGGGAUCGGGUGUUUUGUUCAGGAAAAGCCCAGGAACCACAGGCUGUGAGCAGAAAGCCAAAUGGAGAAUGUCUGCCACCUGGAUCCUAUGACAUUGUACUGUGUGUGGACUUUAUUGAGACUACUGGCGGCACCGGUCACCGUAAGCAGGAGCUAGUCAAAGAGCUUCGGAGAAAUGGAGUGAACUUCGACAUUAGGAAGCUAAACGUCGGAGACUUCCUGUGGGUGGCUCGGGAGAAGGUGGCGCCUGUUCCAGGUCAGUUGCGAGGCCCUGUAAGCAGGGAGCUCGUUCUUGACUACAUUAUCGAGAGGAAGAGGAUGGAUGACCUGUGUGGUAGCAUCAUUGACGGACGCUUCAGGGAACAGAAGUUCCGACUCAAGAGAUGCGGUCUUCGUAGGCCAGUCUAUCUGGUAGAGGAAUGUGGGGCUGCUGCCUCACACCUGAGUUUACCUGAGGCUACACUGCAGCAGGCCAUAGUCAACACACAGGUAGUUGACCGCUUUUUUGUGAAGAGAGUUCAAGAUGUGAGGGAGUCGGCAGCCUACCUCACCGUCAUGACACGACAUCUGACUAAACUGUACCAGAAUCGUACGCUGAUCUGCCGCUCCAGAGAGCUGGAGGGUGAUGGGGGGAGUGAUGAGGAGGAGAGAGGGGUCCCAUCCUGCUCUCUCAUUUCUUUUGCCGAGUUCAACCUUGAUGCAGUCAAAAACAAGUGUCAGACAGUGAGAGACGUGUUUGCCAGACAGUUGAUGCAGAUUAGUGGGUUGUCUGGAGACAAGGCUGCAGCUAUACUGGAGAACUACAGCACUCCACACAGUCUUCUCACUGCCUAUGAACAGUGUGCAAAUGAAGCAGAGAGGGAGAAACUCCUCUCUUCCAUACGAUACGGGAAGCUGAAAAGAAACUUGGGUCCAGCUCUGAGCAGAACACUGUAUCAGCUGUACUGUACACAAGGAGCACUGACAUAGAUGUGCACAGUCACAGAUGAACAUUAUUUAUAUUACUCAUUUUCUCUGUCAAUGUAAAGAUGCCCUUCCUACUGAAAACUCAAGACUAAUACUGUACAUAUCCUGAUUGGAGCAAUAAAGUAUAUUUUGACUAGU